AGAUUAUGUACUUUUAAACACAUUUCAUGAAGGGAAUUUGUUUGUCAAAUGUAGCAUAAUUUCAAAUAAUAAUGAUAAGCGUAUUUGGCAGUGUGAUGUCACGGUGAGCCUUUAACAAAAGAAUAAUCCGGAGCCGCCUUUUGUUAAAUGGAUCCCGGUGAUUUCGGAUCACACUGCCAAAAAUGCUUGAUUAUUAUUUGGACAACUUGACUUGGUGAGAGUGUUUAUAAGUACAUAAUCAACCAAUGUUGGGCAGCCCUCUCAUAGUCCAUCUCGCUGCCAUCCAUGCUGAUGUGGAUCAAAUUGUCCAGCGAGUCUUCUCCUAGCUUAUUAAAGUCAGUCGGCUUUGUCUGUCUGGUGGGGGACGACAUCGGCAGCCAGUGAGAUCGCUUAUAAUGAAUCGGAAACUUCUGACGUUUUCUUUCGAUGUUUUUAUUGGACGGUUUGAACGCGUGAUCUUGACGUAGCCAACGAUUAGCUUGUUUACAUCAUACCACGCGGACAUGUUACUUUGACAGAAUCAACACAAACAUUGGGGAAAAAAGACGGCUUGUUUAACACCAAUAUCAAUCAAUAUGUAAAUGGAUCUGUUAUUUGCUCUCUGAUGUAUCUUGUUAGUUGUCGGUAGGAAACUUUAACGUAUCGGUAUAAAUCUAAGCGUAUCAGAUUUUAACUAAAGCGACUAAUGGCCCUUUUCCACUACGCUUUUUCAGCUCACUUCAGCCCGACACGGCUCGCGUUUCGACUACUUCAGAGCAGCACGACUCAGCUCGCUUCAGCCCGACUCAGCACCCAAAACUCGCACGGUUUUGGAGUGGGGCUGAAGCGAGCCAAACCGAGCCGAGUGAGGCUGGGGGCGUGAGCAGACACUCCCCUGUGCACUGAUUGGUGAGGAGGAGUGUCCUCACAUGCCCACACACGCCCUGCGAGCAUGCUGGGAUCUGUAAACCCGGAAGAAGAAUAAUUACGAGAAUUUCUGAAGCCUUAUGUGCCUCGCCUCAUCUAUGCGCUCUUGCCAGUAUCUGUUGGCGUUGUCGGUGACAACAAGCCACAGCACCAAGACCAGCAACACUAACGACUCCAUGUUUAUUGUUUACUAUCCGGGUCGUGAGACUACCGCUUAAAAGAUCACUGAUGUCACUGUUUGCGCCGCCUAACGACAUCACGUGACGUACACCCACUUUCGCUAACUCCACCCAAUGUGUCCACCCACUUCCAGCCAGCACGGUUCAGCGCGGUUGUAGUCGAAAUGCAGCCCCACUCAGCUUGACUCAGCCCAACUCAGCCACGUUGGUAGUGGAAAAGCGGUAUAAGCGUAUCGGUAGGCAGAGCAGAUAUGCUAAAACGCUUUGGGGAAAACCAUGAAUAAUAUUAAGUGGUAGAGAAGGCAAAACAAGGACCGGCGAUGAGGUUUAAAGGCCAAUUUAUGCUGACAACGCAGUCCUCACAGAUGGCGUCUGCGAAGCCCCCCCCCUUCGCAGACGCUCUGCGCGCACCUCCCAAAAAUUGUGACUACCGCAGACAGCCUCGCAGACAAGAGGGCUCUGAUUGGUCCACUCUACAUCCGCUGUACACGCACUUGCGCUUCCCUACUUUCCCGGUUCGGUUUGUUUUCACGACCGGCAUUUUUAAAAACACGAGCGAAGAUGGAGCAGCACGAAGAGCGGUUGAUCGAGGAAGUGAGGAAGUACGUACAUCUAUACGACUCCAGUUCUAGUCAUUAUAAGUAACCGGAGGAUAAACACACCACUAACCACACCCACCAACUACUCCUAGCGACUUCGCGCCCCCUUGCGUUGUGGCGGUGAAUAACAUCGCGCACGCCUGUUACUCCCCGCUCAACGAUAAAUUACAACUGUCUGCGAAAAGCUAUCUGCGAAAGCCUUGUCGCAAGAGCAUGCAGAGGCCUUAACUCCUGCUUCAGUGAAUACAAAGUCACGUCUUAUCCAAAAUCUUUUUUUUUUUUUUUUUUGGUCGUGCUGGAGCGUUGGAUUCAGUACAGCGUUCAAACCAAAAUGAAAUGGACGGAGUGUUAUUGUUCAACUCCUCGCUGGUCCCUGAUAGUCUGUGGUGGUGGUGGUACGGUUGGUUUUAUCGUAUCUAAAACUGCUUUUGGUUUGCGCUGUAUCUCCUCUUGGACUUCUGAGGCAGGAAGACGUGUGAAUGACUGACUUGUCGGGUAGAAAACGGGAUUGAUUCGACCGACUUUAUUAUCAGGAACAGAUUCUUGGCUGCGAUUUUUCUCACUUCAGUCAAGGCGACCGCAGUUGGACGGUAGUACAGUUCCUGUCGCGGUCCAAGACUCGACCCAGCAUCAUGCGAAACCGUUUGCAGCAUCUUUACAGCUUCCCGGCCUUUAAUCUGGCCGUGUUUAGAAGGGAAACGCGAUACACACACACUCCUGUUUGAGCAAGUUUCUCAUUCCGCACUCAUUAAAAUCGAGUGCUUGCAGACCGCACUAGAUUUCCGUCAAUAACCUGUCAGGAUUGGAUCGAUCCUCUGAGCUUCUAAAGCAGGAAGGCUGGAAGGAGUUGCUGAGUUUCUUCUGUCUGAACCCGUCUGCGAGUCUUAGAAGUUGUCGAGCCGUCAUGUCACGCCAGUCGUGUUUGUUAGGGUUUUUCUUGCCGUGUUUUUUUUUUUUCUCUUCACUACACGCUGCACCAUGGAUUUGUCUCCCACGCACUAUCAGAGACUGCUCCAGACCAUCGGCGUGUUGGAGGCCCAGAGAACCCAGGCCAUCCUGGAUCUGGAGGCACUGGCUCGCCACCAGAAGCAGGCCCUGGCCAACCCCAUUGCCUUCGUGGACCAGCUUCAGAAACAGGUGGAGCUGGGCCUGCCCUGUCCUCAGAGAGUCGUCCAGCUCCCCGAAAUCGCAUGGGACCAAUACACCUCAGGCCGCAGUGACUUCGAAAGGGACUUUUGCGACAAGAAGCGCAAGACGAGGCGGUUGAAGUUAAUCUUCGACAAAGUGGGCUUACCGGCAAGACCAAAAAGUCCGACCGAUUCCAAGAAGGAGAGUGACGGAUCUGCUCUGUACUCGGCUCUGCCUUCCAGCGACGCCCCAGAACACGGCACGCUCGGAGCCAGGGCGCAGAUGAUCAGAGGGAGACCGUAUCACCAGAACAAACCAGAUACGUUUAACCAGCUGUGGACGGUGGAGGAGCAGAAAAAACUGGAGCAGCUGCUGCUCAAGUUCCCGCCCGAGGAGGUGGAGUCCAAGCGAUGGCAGAAGAUCGCGGACGAGCUGGGGAACAGGACGGCCAAACAGGUCGCCAGCCGGGUGCAAAAGUAUUUCAUUAAACUGACGAAGGCGGGAAUUCCGGUCCCAGGACGAACUCCAAACCUGUGCAUGUACAACAAAAAGACCUCGAGUAAGAGGCAGCACCACCUGAACAAGCACCUGUACCGGCCGUCCACCUUCCUCACGUCCUACGAGCCGCCCGUCUACAUGGAGGACGAGGACGAGCGCUCGAGUUUCGUCAGCAGUCUGCAGGACGGCACGGCUCACGAUUCGGAUGAAGAUGGCGUCCCGGUGGAGCUGAGGCACCUGCCAGAGUACAAAGAGCUGCAGGAGCUAAAAAGACUCAGGAAGCAGAAGAUCCACGAGCUCCAGAGCGAGAGCGUCCUCAUGCAGCACGUAGGCUACAAGUGUGAUGUCUGUGGCAUGGAGCCGAUCCAGGGUGUACGGUGGCACUGCCAGGAUUGCCCGCAGGACAGCGCCGUCGACUUCUGCGCCAACUGCGCCGACUGCGCGUUUAAGACGGACACGCACACGCCGGGUCACCGCCUGGAGCCGGUCCAGCAGGCCGAGAGCUUCCUGGACAGAGACUACUGCCUGCCCGCGAGCGCCGCCUACAACUACCUGGACCCCAAUUACUUCCCGGCCAACAGAUGACAGGAGCGAGGCAGGGCCGUCGGAACCCGGGGCCGGACUCGCUUGGUCCGCUCGGCAGCACAGGCAGAUCCGCUUCCAGCAGGAGGACCCUGAACCACCGCUCUGCUCGAGCUCACACGCCAUCUUCAACGCAACAGGGAGGGAGCAACGUCCCCAAUCGUCUCCACUCCGUUACCCAGCUGCUGUCAGGCCUCUCUCUCUGUGUGUGUGUGUGUGUGUGUGUGUGUGUGUGUGUGUGUGUAUGAGUGAGAGGGUGGAGAUGAAGAGGGACUCGGUGCUGACUUUCCAUUCACACCAGGUUUUUAACCAGGAGGAUUUGCUAACAAAUCAGACGUUCUUAAUUUACAGACCCUGAACACACUUUUACUAGAAGCUGCUUUUUGUUUGUUUGUGUGUGUUUGUUUUUUUUUUUCUCACCCCACCCCACCCCUACACGCCCAGACCUUACAUCAUGAUGGAUUUUUAUGUUGAAGCUCCAGCCCAUGAAGCACUACAGCACGGACGAGACCAGCCGAGAGACCCACUUGGUAGGUGUUAAGUGUACGGGGUGUCACUUUCUUUCUCUCAAUCCCUUCCUCCUUCACUUUUUCUCGGUGUGUGUGUGUGUACUGUCGUCGAUCAUGUGGAGUGUACGGUGAAAAUCUAGCCAGUGGUAGGUGCUGUGCCAUUAUUAUUAUUUUUUUUUUUUUAAAGCAUCCGGAUGAUUCCAUGUCACUUGUUUUAGGAAGACAAAAAGUGAAACGGUGAGAAACUCUGCUCAGUCAUCACAGUUUAUUAUUAUUAUUAUUAUUAUUAUUUUCCUCAUGAUCCAUGACAGAAGUGUAUUUUUAUUAAUCUAUUUAAACGGCAGUGAUGCCAGAAAAGAUGAUACGGAGGCGGUGCCUGUCGUCGCCGCCGUAGCGUUCCACCUGUUAUUUUAUACACACAAAUUUUGUUGUGCUUUCACGUAGACCAUUUUGUAUUGGAUUUAGUUUUGUUCCCCUUCUCUUCUCCUCUCUCUUUUUGCUCCCCUCCUCUCCCCUCCUUCAAUAUCAGUGUAUAACAGUCUGUUCUUAAAUAAUGUUCACAUGUUAGAGGAGAACAGUGGAAAUAAAAGUAUGUGAAAAGUCUUUCUACA